UGUCAAAGAUAGGCAGGGAAUCUUAACUUCAAAGACUAUUGCUCAAGAUCUUGAGAAAAUCUAUAAUGAUCCUGAGUGUUCUCUUAUUUGGCUGGAAAAAUUUUUAACAGAUAGAGGACCAGAGUUUAAAGAUGAUUGUGAAAAUUAA